CACACACGAGCGCCGCAUGAGUCGCGACCGUUCUCAUCUCACCAAACACCGCUGCCAAUCGCUUUAAAGUUACACUCCGACACCAGAUAGUCAUUUCAUCGCGGGCUACGUUUCAUUUACGUGCCAUGGUUUAGUUACUAACUCGGCACUGAAAUUUAAACCGUUGAAUUCAGCCAGCACAAGCGGAGUGCCUACAGCGGCACAUUUGAGACAUAUGAAGAUUGUUGAGGUCCCACCGGCAGGGCCGUGCGUCACAGGCCGUGAUGUGGGUAGAGUGUAGGGUGCUGGAGGCCGUCUGUGGAGGCAGAAGGAGGUCCCUACUCUCGAUGGUCAUGAGAAUCCCCGGCUCCUUCUGGUUUCUGCUGCUGUUAGGCGCUGGAGGUCUUCUUCUGCUACAUCUACAGGACCUCACAGAGACACUCCAGCAACAAAACCAAGGUGCAAAGGUCACAUUCUCCCAAGUGCAGGCCAUAAGGAAGGAACAGUGUCAUUAUUGUCUUGACAGUAACAGACAGUCUGAUCCAACAGAAGACAACUUUCCUAGACCUGUGCAACCAGUCCAACUUCCAGUCUUCCCAGGGGUCCAGCGUUCUUCUGUAAUCAAUCCCAGAGACAUCACUGCUUCCCAUGUCACAAAGAGCCACCGUAAACUCCUCCUUAAGAGCGGCCCGCUUGCCCAGCAGCUCAACGCUGACCCUCCUGGCCAGAUCAGGGACAGUCCCGAGCGAAUGACUCAGGUGCAGAGCUCCCGUCUGAGGCUUAUGAGGGAGGUCUGUGCCAAAUACACAAGCGGAACGGCUAAACAGACUGUAACCCGCAUGCACGUGUCCCGUAUCUAUGUGGAAGACAAGCACAAACUCCUCUACUGUGAGGUGCCAAAGGUGGGCUGCUCCAACUCGAAGAGGGUGCUCAUGGUGCUUCAAGGCCUCGCUUCAUCCACUGGAGAGAUCAAACAUGACGAGGUGCAUUAUGGGAAUCACCUUAAACGUUUGGACUCAUUCAAUCAAAAGGGCAUCAUCCGGCGUCUGAAGACCUACACCAAAGUCCUGUUCCUGAGGGAACCUUUCGAAAGGUUAGUGUCUGCUUUUCGGGACAAGUUCGAGAGUCCAAACUCGUACUACCAUCCAGUGUUUGGGAAGCCCAUCAUAUCAAGAUACCGCAGCAAUGCGACGCAGUAUGCCUUACGCACAGGGGCGGGUGUGACCUUCAAGGAGUUCAUCCAGUAUUUGUUAGACGUGCAUCGGCCGGUUGGCAUGGACAUCCACUGGGAGCCCGUUGGACAUCUCUGCAGCCCCUGCCUGCUGGACUAUGACUUCAUUGGGAAAUUUGAGACUCUGGAGGAAGAAGCCAAUUUCCUUUUGAGAAGUAUUGGUGCUCCUAGCAAUUUAACAUUCCCUAGUUUCAAAGACAGGAACCCUAAUGCAGAAAGGACAUCUUCGGAAAUCACAAGGAGAUAUUUUGCACAGCUAAAUGUGACCGAGAGACAAAGGACGUAUGACUUUUACUACAUGGAUUAUCUGAUGUUCAACUACUCCAAACCUUUUGAAGAUUUAUACUGAGGCCUUUUACAGUUACCUGAUGAAAUUUCUGUUGGCCUGAUGUUCAUAUUUCGUCUUAGUGAGGGUAUUUUAUUACUUUAAAAUCUUGUUUAUUUGUUGACAAAUUUUCAUGUUAAAUAUUAAUCGCACUCUAUAUUUAUAUCUGCAGGCUGGUCCUUGCAUUUAUUUAAUUCUAUUCAGUAAGAAACACUUUAAAGGGAUAGUUCAGCCUUAUGACAUUCCAAAACUGUGUAAACAAAAACGUAUGAAAAAUAUUUUUUAAAGAAUAUUUCAGCUUUUUUUUGGAAAUACAAUGAAAGACUCUUUUGACUUUCAGUGUUUGGACAAAAAAAAAAGACAAUUUUCAGAAUCUUCUUUUGUUUUCAAGUCAAGAUAAGUCACAUUUGUUUUUGUGGCACUUUAUAAAAUACAGAUUGUUUCAAAGCAGGUGAUAACAGGAAAAUAAUCCAUUCCAGCAGUUGUUCAGCUCAAGUACGGAUAUGGUCCAUAUCCGGCUGACUAUGGUAUCCUCGGGAUAGAUCAAGUGCUGAAAAAUGAAGCUAAAGUGUCUCGAUCGCCCCCAGGUGGUUGGUCCCAGUAUAUGUCAUAAACCCCGCCCUCCCCAUGAAGUCUAAUGGGGCAUGACGGAAACUAAACAAUUAAAUUACACUGCAAAUAAUCUUUUUCCAAAGAUGUUUUCUGUCAUUUUAAGUAGUUUUAAUGAAGUUGAUUUAAGUUUAAGUGUUAGUUUUUUUAAAAUAAGUUUGGUCUUAGUUUGUUAUUUGAUAACAUUAUGAUUGACAGCUUCUCUAAACGAAGUAGUCUCCGAGGCACCAAGAAACCUUUUGGGGGAUUGUCGGGAGGAGAUUUGAGCUUCAACUUUAAUUUCUACAUGUCCAUAACUGUUUAUAGUAAACUUGUAAACUUUGUACUAACCGUUUCUGCCCCGGUCCCGCGUUCACUACUGCGCAGACCGGGUCACAUGAUCAAAUCUGCGCAAGAUGUCCGCGCCAUAUUAGGAGUUUGGCGGCUUCACUUUUCACCAGUAGAAAGAGAGUGAUUUGGAAUGACAAAGUGAGUAAAAUUUUAAUUUUUGGGUGAACUAUCCCUUUAACACAAUAUUGUGUGUUAUUUAGCUCAGUGUGUCAUGUUUUCUCAGACUGUAUAGAAUAGAAUAUACUGUACGAAGAGUGUCUAAAGUUUAUCAUGAUGUUAUUAAUUAAAGUGUUGCAGGCAAGUGGUUUUAGCACUAGUCCAGAUUUAAGUAUCACUUUACUCAAUACAACAUGCCGAAACAUUUUCAACAUUACAUUUGAAAAUUGAUGCUGGAUUUGGUCUGGUACAUCUGAUAUGUCAAGAUACUUUUUUUGUGAAUGUAUAAGAACAAUUCGUGCAAUUUGUUUAAGAACAGUGUGUCAUGUAUUUGAACUGCUACACAUUUGCCUUACUUUGACAUUUCUCAUAUAAUGACGUUUUCUUUAUAUCAAUAAAUGCUAGCACCAUCUUUUAAUGUGCGUUAGAUGACUCUCUGCAUUAUUGCCUUUUUUAUUGUUGUAAUGACGUCAUAUAAAAUAGUGAUUCAUAGUGCUGCUAGUGACUGGAAGCUUUGCAGAGUCUGAACACCCAUUAUUUAAGUUCCUCUAUUAAUAUGGCAGCUUCACUUUCAUCAUGCCGAUAUGGAAGUAAUGUAGCCCAUUACUAUACGGGGUAUUAUCAAUAGCGCCAUCUGGUGGUUUAAUGUUCCUUAAUAUUUGGGGCCCUAUCAUACACCCGGCGCAAUGCGGCGUGACAAGUGUUUUUUGCUACUUUCAGCCCGACGCAACUAUCAUUUUCCUGUCCUGCACAACGUUGUUUAAAUAGCAAAUUUGCAUCCAUGGGCGUGCUGGUCUGAAAUUAAGGUGUGGCACGAGCGCAACUGGCGUUUAAAGGGAAUGGGAGAUGAGUCUCUGAUUUGGCAUGUUACACCCUAAACACACCUAUUACUCAUUAAGAGACACACCCCAAGUGCACUUGCGCUUUAGACCAUGUGCGUAAAUCGUUAACAUAGGG